UUCAUUUUCUAAAACAUUCAACCAAACAGCCCCCUUCACUGUCUUUUUUUUUUUGCCAAUGUUAAUGGAGUGGUUUUCAUGCAUAACUGAGGUGCCAUUUAGGUGUGGAGACUGGGUUUUUGCUGCAAUGAAACAUCUUCCAAUUGGCUUCUUCAUUAGUGUGUUCAAAAGAACUUUCUUUGCUGCUUCUACCUGCACUUUUGCAUUAGGAGGAUCUAUGGUGGGAACAGUAGUUGGAGCAAUGAAAGGACAAACAACAGAAACUGGGUUUUUGAGAGGAGCUGGAAUUGGUGCAGUUGCAGGUGCAAUCACAGCGGUUCAGUUACUGGAAUCAUUGGUGGAUGGGGAGUCAUUAUCAAAGGUAGCUUUAUUAGUUAGCUUAGUAAAUGGGAAGGUGUUCAUUGAAUGGGUGAGUCCAGCAGUGUUGAAAGCUUACCAAUGGCAAGUAAGUAGUAACUCAGUUGAACCAACAUAUAGAGAAAUCUCAGACAUUUAUGAUGUAAAUGGAGCAAAAGGCUUGUCCAAACAUUGCAUUCAAAGGCUUCCACUACAUCAGUUUCGUUCCAGUGAUGACAUCAUCAUCAAAUCAAUGGAGGAACCUUGUUGUUCAAUUUGCUUACAGGGUUUAAAGGAAGGAGAAAUGGGCAGAAAUCUGCCAAGAUGUGGCCAUAGCUUCCACUUGAACUGCAUAGAUGAAUGGCUAAGCCGACAAGGGACUUGUCCCAUGUGUAGAGAACAUGUUCUUAAUGAUGCUUCUCACCAAUUGUAAAUCAUCAAAAUUUUGGUUUACCACCAACAAGAAAAUAUGGUGAAUUUUUUUUUUUUGUGGAAAUGAAACUGGAUGUGGGAGAUGAUGCAAAGAAAGAAAAAAAGAACAGUUGUAUUUAUAGAUCAUUGAAUUUGAAACCUCUGAUUUGAGCA